CUAUAUGUGUAUGUAUACACAGACGCUAGACCUUCCGGUAAAAUUUUGAUUUCUCUUUUUCCUUCAACUCCCCUGUGCGACUGUCUGUACUUUGUGAGCUCUGUGAACUGAACACACUACCUCAGAGAGAUAGAGAGAGAGAGAGAUCUAGAGAGAGAUGGGGGUGCCGUCAUUCUACCGGUGGCUAGUAGAUAAUUACCCAAAGAUAGUAGUAGACGCCAUUGAAGGAAAAGGAGAAAGUACUACUGACCCUAAUAGGCCAGAGUUUGAUAACCUCUAUCUCGACAUGAACGGUAUUAUCCACCCGUGCUUUCACCCCGAGGAGGAGGAUCAUACUUCCCCUCCAACGACGUUCCAAGAAGUGUUUGACAAUAUCUACGAAUACAUUGAUCGGCUUUUUGCGAUUGUCAGGCCCCAAAAGCUAUUGUUUUUGGCCAUUGACGGUGUAGCCCCAAGGGCGAAGAUGAAUCAGCAACGGUCAAGACGUUUCCGUACGUCGAAGGACAAUGAAAUUGCGGAAGCCGAGGAAAGAAGGUUGAGGAGGCAGUUCGAAAUCGAAGGGAAACCACUGUUUCCAAAACAGGAAUCUGAAACUUCCGAUUCCAACAUCAUCACCCCGGGAACAGUUUUUAUGCAUGAACUGUCAAAGUCUCUUCUAUACUAUAUUGAUCAGCGCCUUUUAAAAAAUGCUGCUUGGAAGGAUGUCAAGGUAAUUCUGUCGGAUGCCAAUGUUCCUGGCGAAGGGGAGCACAAGAUAAUGAUGUUCAUUCGGCUUCAGCGUGCGUCACCCGGUUACAAUCCAAACACACGCCACUGUCUUUACGGGCUGGAUGCAGAUUUAAUUAUGCUGGCCUUGGCCACACAUGAAGUGCAUUUUUCUAUACUGAGAGAGGAUGUCCUAGUUCAGUUACCCGUUGAUACUACCCGUUUUAAGGCAAAACCUAGUUCAUAUGAACAGAAUCAUUCAGCUAGAGAAAAUGCAGCUUUGGCUGCUUAUCGUGCACCAAAGCGUACACCAUAUCAGUUUUUACAUCUAUGGUUGCUCCGCGAAUAUCUGGAGCUUGACAUGAAAAUUGUGGAUCCUCCUGAGAACAUGGAGAUUGAUCUUGAGCGACUAAUCGAUGAUUUCAUCUUCAUUUGUUUCUUCACGGGAAACGAUUUUUUACCCCACAUGCCAACGUUGGAAAUACACGAGGGCAGUAUCAACUUGCUGAUGCAUGUAUAUAAGCAGGAAUUCAAAAAUUUGGGAGGCUAUCUAGUGGAUAUGCAAAGGGCGGGGGAAAAGAAAGCAAGUUAUGUGAAAUUGAAAAGAGUUGAAAAAUUUAUACUAUCGGUUGGAGCAUACGAGGAUAGAAUAUUCAAGAAGAGAACAGAAAUUCGAGAGCGCAGGCUCAGGCGCCUCAUGGAAGAAUGUAAAAACAAUGUAGAAGAAGAGCAAGAGGAAGAAACUGGUACUGAAAUAAAACUUAGUCAUUAUGCAUCAGCAGAUGGAAAAGAUCAUACCUCUAAAAGUUUCGAGGUUGCAGAAAUAGAGAACUCUGAAUCAUCGGAUACACGUUAUAAAUUGGAGGCUCUGCAAAAUAUGAAGGAAUUGAAACAGAAGCUGAAGAAGUACAUUCGGGACAGGUCGGACCUCUUCAAAAAUGGAAGUUUUGCGCUGGACAAAGUGAGGCUGGGUAUGGUAGGUUGGCGCGAGAGGUACUACAAGGAGAAAUUUGAUGCAGAAACUAAAGAGGAUAGGGAAAGAACCAGGAAAGAAGUUGUCCAGAAGUAUACGGAAGGGCUAUGUUGGGUCCUUCUAUAUUACUUUUCUGGCGUUCCAUCAUGGAACUGGUUCUAUCCGUACCAUUAUAGUCCCUUUGCGUCAGACUUAAGGGGUCUAUCGCAAGUUAAAGUGAACUUUUUAAAAGGUUCACAAUUCAAGCCUUUUGAUCAGCUGAUGGCUGUUUUGCCACCAAGAAGUGGUCAUGCGCUUCCGAGAUCCUACAAAGCACUCAUGAAUAGUGAGGAGUCAGACCUCAUUGAUUUUUAUCCUUCUGAUUUUGAAUUGGAUGAAGAAGGAAAACGCUUCACGUGGCAGGCCAUUUGCAAGCUUCCUUUUAUUGCGGAAGAUUGCCUCCUGUGUCAUACCAAAAUCUUAGAACAAGAAUUACAGGAUGAUGAAGUUGAAAGGAACUCGACCAAGUUUGAUGUUCUGUAUGUGAGCUCUAAGCAAGAGCUAGGAUCUCAAAUCGUUUCCUUGUAUGAGAAACUGCAUGAGGGGAGACGACCCAUUGAUACUGAUUUGAGCAGCGGAAUGAGUGGCUUUAUAAGUCCUAGAAAGGAUUACGAUUUUGCUGAAUCCAACCUGCUGGAGGAUUGUAAGGAAUGCCAAGAAAAUAACAUCCUAUGUGUGUCUUAUGAGUUGCCUAAUGACUCUCAACACUUUCCUCGUCCCCUCGAGGGUGUUAACGUCCCUAAGAAGACAAUAACCGAAAAAGAUAUUGCGGAAACAAAACUCUGGCAUGAGAUCCACGGAAACAAGCCAAUUUGUACCAGGCCACAACAUCUACGCUCAAACAAAAAUGCAACCGAAGGAGCAAAUUCUAGCUCAUCGAAGUCAUUUACUGGGGAGAUACAUAAAGGUGCUGGUUCUGGCUGGGGUCGUGGCAGAGGAAUGCUGGAGAACAAUUCUUCUGAUUCAACGAAGUCAUUUACUGGGGAGAUACAUAAAGGUGCUGGUUCUGGCUGGGGUCGUGGCAGAGGAAUGCCGGAGAGCAAUUCUUCUGAUUCCAAUGCGCAUACCGAGUGUUCUAGAAACUUUGAAGCUGGACGCGGUGGGAAAGUUACGGUCUCUUCCUCGUCUUCGUUGGGUGAAACUAGAGGUCCAAGUUUCAGUCACGAUUCACGAGUACAAAAUGCAUAUCGAGGAUCAUAUAAUAACAUUGACAAGUGGAAAUCAUCGAGUUUUGGUCAAUAUGAAUCCAGAGGCAUGGAGAAUCUUAGGAUAUCGGAUUCACAAAGAGGAUUCAACUGUCCUGGAAGAGCUCAAUCAGGCAGUAGUGCCAAUUAUAGGACAUUUAGAAACAACUCUGUGGAAAAUAGAAACUUUGAAUGGAGGCCACACGUACAACCAUCUGCGGCUCUGUUUGUACAGCACGGGGAUGGACAGUCUGGGCACAGUGGGCAGCAUGGGGUGGAUAGAUGGUCGCGAGACUCAGCAGGUAGCACAAACAAUGCUUGGGGACAUAAUCAAUCCCCGUUGCCUUCUCCUUCAAUGCCAGGCCGUGGAAGAGGAAGAUACCUUCCUAAGGCGACUCCCAUGGAUUGGAAGUUGAGGGACACCAUGAGAACAUCUUCUAGUGAUAACUUGCCUCGCAUGUAAUUAAGAGGUGUUCUCUUCCCACCUCUCAACAUUUUUUGUUGUACAGAAAUCCUCCGUACCCAAAACUCCUUGCCAAGUUGCCAUACCUAAAUCUGCUGCAAGCAACCACAGUACGCUCUCUGUUGUACCAUGUGGCGAAAAUCUAAAAAAACAGGUAUUCUAUUUUGAGACCGAGUGCAUUGAUACAAGGGGGCAGGGGUUUGAGGGGCGCGGCCGUUUUUGUUCUUUUGUUAAUCUGAUUAUAGGAUUAGGGUUCGAAGGCUUGUUUACGUACCUGGAAAACAUGGUUUGUUUUUGUCCUGUUUACUAAUCUUCAUUCCCAAGUAUAAGCUUAUGCAUUUGCUGCUUCCAAUUGUAUAGUUGGUGAGU